AUGAAAGAUCAACUCAACCCAUACGCUAAGCUAUUCAGUGAGCCCAAGGGCCCUGGCGAUCAGCGGCCAACAGCGCUUGGAAUUGUCAAAGAUAAUGACCUGCUUGGCACUUGGACUGACAAGGUCGUCCUCCUGACCGGUGGAACAUCUGGCAUCGGAGUCGAGACCGCCCGAGCCCUCUACGCUACCGGGGCCCACGUCUUUAUCACGGCUCGUUCCAUGGACAAGGCUGAGGCCACCGUGCAAGACAUUACGAGCAGCAUUAAUGGAAGGGGAUCAAUAGGGGUCAUCGAGAUGGACAUGGACUCACUGGAGUCUGUGAGAAAAGCUGCUGACGACUUUCUCAGCCGGACCACCCGACUUAAUGUGCUCAUCAACAACGCAGGUAUCAUGGCGUGUCCCAGAACGUUGACCAUGGACGGAUUUGAGCGCCAGUUUGCAGUAAACUAUCUCGCGCACUUUGCCCUGACUAUUUUGCUACUGCCCAGUCUGAUGGCGUCGUCUUCAAGCACUUUCAACUCGCGAGUCGUCAACGUCUCUUCGUCCUCACAUCGGUUCUCCUCGGUCGAUUUCAGCGAUAUCAAUCUGACUCAUAGUUAUGACCCGUACCGCGCCUACGGUCAGUCCAAGACAGCUCUGAACUGGCUGUCCAACUACAUUGAUCGCGCCUAUGGCCCCCGCGGCGUGCACGCCCUUUGCCUCAAUCCCGGUGGGAUCUGGACGGGUCUACAAGGAUAUGCAACACCACAGCAACUAGAAGAGUGGAAGAAGGACAAGGAAACAAUGAAACAGAUGCAAUCCCCGGCGCAAGGUGCUGCUACUACAGUGUGGGCAGCCGCUGGAAAGGUGUGGGAGGGACAUGGUGGCAGAUAUCUGUCGAGCUGCCGGGUUGCUACCCAGUCUGAAAACGAGACCAACGCUAUUGAUGAUGGAUAUGCUCCCUACAACUACGAUACAGAGAGUGAAGAGAGGUUAUGGAAGUUGAGCUUGGAGAUGACUGGCUUGUCGGCCCCUUGA